AUGCGUCCGUCUUUGUUCCAGAUUCGCGGCAGUUGCAAGAUCUUCAAUCCACUAAAGAAAAACCCCAGACGAUAUGCCUACUCUCCCCACGUUUCCCCCCCAUCUCACCACUUGUCCACGCAGAACACCGCAAGCAUCUCUCUACGCCGCAAGCGCGCAGCUGCAUGCCUCGCUCCAAAAUAA